AAUUAGGGAAUAAAGCCCUCUCGGAGACAAAAGCCAUGGGGAGAAAAAAACUAGAAAUCAAGCGAAUUGAGAACAAAAGUAGCCGACAAGUCACCUUCUCCAAACGUCGCAACGGUCUCAUCGAGAAAGCUCGUCAGCUUUCUGUUCUCUGUGACGCAUCCGUCGCUCUUCUCGUCGUCUCUGCUUCCGGCAAGCUCUACAGCUUCUCCUCCGGCGAUAACCUGGUCAAGAUCCUUGAUCGAUAUGGGAAACAACAUGCUGAUGAUCUUAAAGCCUUGGAUAUUCAGUCAAAAGCUCUGAACUAUGGUUCACACCAUGAGCUACUUGAACUUGUGGAAAGCAAGCUUGUGGGAUCAAAUGUCAAUAAUGUGAGUGCCGAUACUCUUGUUAAACUAGAGGAACACUUUGAGACUGCCCUCUCCGUAACCAGAGCCAAGAAGACAGAACUAAUGUUGAAGCUUGUGGAGAACCUUAAAGAAAAGGAGAAAUUGCUGAAAGAAGAGAACCAGGUUUUGGCUAGCCAGAUGGAGAAGAAUCAUCAUGUGGGAGCAGAAGCUGAGAUGGAGAUUUCAUCUGCUGGACAAAUAUCCGACAAUCUUCCGGUGACUCUCCCGCUGCUUAAUUAGCCACCUUUAAUCGGCGGUUGAAAUAAAAAUCCAAAACAUAU